ACAAAAUUUAAUCAAACUUGAAAGUUUCUUCUAAGAAAAUAAUAGCUGAUUAGUAAAGGAAGUGAAGCAAGAAAUGGAGUGUGAAAAAGAAGUAGGAAAUGCAACAUAUAUAAUUCUAAUAAGUGGAGUGAGCAAAGGAUUAGGAAGAGCUCUAGCAUUGGAGUUUGCAAAGCUUGGCCAUAUUAUUGUUGGUUGUUCUCGAAACCAAACCCAAUUGGAUUCACUUCAAGCUCACCUUUCUACCAUUUCUUCACUUAAUCAUGUCUUCCUCAAUCUCGAUGUGUGCUCAAAUGAGGGUGUGAAAGAGAUGGCACAAACUGUGUUACAGAAAGUGGGCUGUCCUCAUAUUAUUGUAAACAAUGCAGGUGUGAUUAAUGAAAGCAUGAAGAUGUGGAAGUGUUGUGUUAAAGAGUUUGAUAAUGUGAUUGACACAAAUAUAAAAGGAACAGCAAAUAUGUUACGUCAUUUCAUUCCUCUCAUGAUUUCCAACAAUAAUCAAGGAAUUAUUGUUAAUAUGUCUUCCAUUUAUGGAAGAACUCCAGGUCCUAUGGUUUCAGCAUAUUGUAGCUCAAAAUGGGCAAUUGAAGGGUUAACCAAAUCAAUAGCCAAAGAGGUACCAAAUGGAAUAACAAUUGUGGCAUUAGAUCCUGGGAUUAUUAACACAGACAUGCUUGCUUCUCAUAUUGGUCCUCUAGCUUCUGCAUAUCAAACUUCUCAAGAAUGGGCUACAAAGGCAGCUUCUAUGAUUCUCAACAUUUCAAGUGCUGAUAAUGGUGCAUCUCUCACUGUUGAUGAUCCUGGUAUUCUUCCUAUCAUAAAAGGAUGAUCCUUGUAUUCUAGUGAGGUGAAUUCUUAUAAAUUCCAAAUUACUCGGUAAUAUUUGAAAAUUUCCCAUAUGUUUUUCCUUGCUUAUACUAUGAGACGUUUAUUACUGUUAUUUUUCGAGACAAUAAUGUUGUGUGACUAUCGAUUAUAAUGUGGAAAGUACUUUUGAUACUACGUUUUUACCUUAUUAAUUGUCGUGACGCUAUUGAGAAAA